GCGCGCACGACGCUACGAGUGUUUUUAAAGUUUUCCCACCCGUUGCUGGCCGUUCUUUUUGGAGUAAAAUACGGGAAUAAAUAGCGAAGUAGUCAGGGAAAUAUUCGCAGGGGGUCCGCGGACGAAUAAUGCUACGCGAGUUCCUAAUAAUAACGAGCUCGCCAAUUAAACAAACCGGGGACAUUUGAUUUCUUCGGACCGAGCGCUCGUAUUUUGAACUCAACGGCCGAAAGCCGUACAAAGCAUAGCGUACGCACUUAGGUACGCGAGCGCGGGGAUUCGCGCCUAGGCAGCUGCGGACAAACUCUGCUGGAUAUCGAGGGGGAGUUUGAAAGAAGCAAAGGAGACGAGGAAACAGUCGCUAUCGCGAGAUAAAGACUUUGAUGAGCGUCGGGGAGGAACCGGAGAGAUAUACGAGAAAACACGCGAGGCAAACGAGAGCCAAAGACAAUGGACCCUUUCACACAGCGCAUGCUGGAACGUGCCAGAGCAAGAAGAGAAAAACUAGACACACAAUUGUCUAAUGCUGGUCAUGAUGUUAAAAGAAGGCGUAGUCCAUUAAGAGAUGCAAACACUGUUUUGGCGCAAGUACCAGAUAUUAAAAAAGAGUUGAGCUCGCCUAUUAGUAGGGCAGAGGAAAACGUUGAGAUAGAAGAUGUAAAAGAACAGAAAUCGGCAAAAUCAUGUGCGCGAUUAAAUAGAUUGGCAGCUCUUGCUUCCGAAAUUAAUAAUUGGGAAGAUGAUUUGUCUCAUCCGGUAUUGACAAAGCCAACUAUUACUAAAGCAGAGCGAGUUCAAGCGAAAUUUAAUGAACAAGUGAAAAGCAGUUUGGAACCACAGCCAAGCACUAGCGGAAUAAAUAAACUCAAUAAUAAAAAUAAAAAUGGAAGCCCAUUGAGACCUAUUAAAUGGGAAAGAUCGAAUUCAGAAAGCCAAGAGAAAAUGGUUGUGGAGAAUAAGAGUUCCUCGUCGAGUCCAGCUGCGUCCUUGCGCACCAAUGACAGCAGUCAUCAUUCGAAGACUCCCGAAAAGUCCAUAAAGAGUUGUGCCAGUGGUGCCGGUUCACCAUCUGUUAGUAGUGCGCGAUUAAAUGCAAAAUUCGGUUAUAAUUGUUCCCCUAAAACUUCUCUCAUACAGUCGCCAGGUUCGGUUCUAAGUAAAGCAUCCAUGUUCGAGUCGAAAGGCGCGGAAAUGACGCUAUCCGAGAGGAAGGCGCUCUUCGAAAGAAACAAGGGCGAAGCUCUAAUUCCAAAAGCCCCACUCACCAUGUCCGUUCCUACAAAAAUGUUGCAAGAAAAGGAGAGGCCAUCGCCACCUAUUAAUAAUACAGUUUAUUCGCAUAACAAAGUGGAGACCGGAAGAGUAGUGGAGGUCCAGCGUACGAUUUUCGAACAAGGCACCUGCACUCAGGAACUGCAAAACAACAUUUUGCAAAAUGUCCAAGCCGAACGACAACGGGAGCUGGAGAUGCUCCGGUCGCGAUUCAAUCGUAAUCGCGACAUCGUGCAGUCGGCUGUAAGCUGCAAUUUACGGACCAGCGAGAGCAGCGAAGGCAAGCCCAACUCCCCCAAGAGUUCACCAAUUUGCCCAGUUAAGCCAACACCUGCCCCUGAGCAGCAGCUGCCCCCACCACCGCCUCCUAUGCCCAAUACUCAAAGAUUUGAGAAUAAGCGACCUUCCGAGGAGCCUUGUACUCGUAGACAAACACCUGGACAAAUGUUUGUGGGAAGCCCGAAAAAACUUGCCGAUAUAAAGCGCGUAAAAGUGUCACCGCCGAAACCAGGACAUCUUUAUCCAGAUCUAACGAAGAUCGAAUCAAGCUCUACGGAAACGGAGACCGAAUUUACCUCUGGCAGUACUGAAGCUGAAACUGCAACGUUGGAUGAGGAGCAUACGGAUACGGAAACAGGAACCGAAGCGGAGUAUUUUGUUCGAAGCAAGUACUAUGAUCAAGAAAGUAGUGACGAUAAUGAGGAUGAUAUAGGAAAUACGAGCCUUGGGCGCAGUAUUUUGCAAGUUGUAAAUCAUCAAACGGUUUUCAAUAAAAAGAGGUCAAUAGAUCCCGAUCCAGACAGUACAACCUCUGACAUUUCUGUUCUCGAUGAAAUGGAUGAAUAUCUUGAUGAGUGCUUAGCCCUUCAAGAAGCUGGAGAAGAAGGUCCAACACCAGCAAAACUUAACAGAGGUGGGAAAAGUCCUUCGGCUGCUUCUCACAGUUUCAAAUAUACACAAGGUUCUUACCGGUCACCAAUUAAGAUCGUCUCCCCAGCUUCAUCGCCAAGAACAAAUGAUCAAUAUAUUAUCGAGGGUGAUAACUGUGUGCCAUUAAUGCACAGUGUUAGCCUUUAUAGAAAACAGCAAUCACAGACACCAAAGUCGUCGACACGAGUUAUUUCGCGUACACCCACGUCUACGGAUUCUGUAUCCUAUACGUCAUCCGAUAACAGAGAGGCUAUUCUUGUACAAGAUAAAGUCAAACAAUUACUCGACGAAGUACAAAAACAGCAGACAAUUAUUGGUCAAGCUAGUCAAGCCUUGAAUUUGUGCAAUUCUACUAUAGAAUUUAGUGGCUCCCGUGAGCAAGUUGAAGGAGAACGACUCUUACUUCUUGCAAGUCAUAGAAGACAAGCGGCAUUGAACGAAGUUCAGCGAUUGAAAGUCGAAGGAUCUAUAAGACCUGUAGCUCCAGGAGCUUCUGAAGUUCAAGAGAGCGGAUCUCUGACCAUUUCUGCAAUAACUUUACCCCUAAAACGGGACUUUUUCCGUCAUAUAGAAUCGGAAUCUCGUUAUCAUUUUGUCUGCCUGGUGCGUCAUUUGGAUACAGUGAUUGCCACUCCAGUAGUACAAGCCGAGCCGGGUGAUUCCUGUUUACGCUUUCCCUCUACGUUGAAAAUGUUGGACUUGUAUAGUGAUUUCAAAGCGAUUAUCGAGGUUUAUUCUCUUCAAACUCGAGCGGAAAUUCUUCCUCACGAAAUCAAGUAUCACAUUCACAGUAGUGGAAGCGGCUGUAGUAAUUCUAGCUCGAAUACCAAAAAGAGUGGAACAAAGACACCAAAAAAAUUUUUAAAGCAAGAAAGUAAAUUAGUAAUGCCAAAUAUUCAAAAUCCUGCUGGUCCAUCGGCUGUUCAAACGACAUCAUUUUCUCUCGCCGGAUAUGUCGUGUUCAGUUUAAAAGAGGUUCAUAGACAGCAAUUUACUUUAAAUAAGGUUCCAUUUUCAUCACCUCUAGAAGGUCGUUUACAAAUGCACGUGUCAUGCGAACUAACAGUUUCAGUAGAUCAUCAUGGUUUUCUAACCAUGUUCGAGGAUAUUUCAGGUUUUGGUGCAUGGCAUCGAAGAUGGUGUUUAUUAAAAGGAGCUAAUUUAUCGUAUUGGAAAUAUCCAGACGACGAGCGUAAGAAAACUCCUAUUGGAAGCCUGGAUUUACAAAGUGUUACAACGACAAAUGUAAACUUGGUUUCUCGAGACAUUUGCGCAAGACCGCACACGUUUUUAUUAGAGACAACGAGGCCAGCUCAGACUGGGGAUACAGACAGUCUUGUUUUGGUUCGAAAUGGUUCAGCAACAACGAUAAGGCAUCUGUUGUCGGCUGACACGAAAGAGGAUAGAUUGGAAUGGUGUGCAAAACUAAAUAAAACUCUACAUUUAAUUCGUGCCUGGGAAGGUACAUCAACGUAAUCG